GGAAGGAGGCGAUGCGGGGGCAGGCCGGCCAGGUCCAGCCCCUGCAAACCCUGCCCCACCAGCCAGGUGGCCUCCAGCGUUGCCGAUCCCUCCGCCCUGCCCCUCCCCGCCCCUUCCCCCGCCUCUGGCCCAGCCCCCCUCCUCCUCAGGUGAGGCAGCCAGGCCUAGCAGGCCCCACGCCGCCCGCUGCCUCUGCCUCCGGGCCACCGCUGCUGCGGGGCCACCAUGCUCCUGCCCAGGCCCGGAGACUGACCCGACAAGGGCACUAUCUCUCAGCUCCGCCCCCACCUGCCGGACCCCAGGGUCCCUCCCCGGCCCAGGAAGUCAGCCGGGGAAUCAUUAACAAGAGGCCGUGACAUGGCGGAGAAAGAGGGUGGCCGGACUGUGCCAUGCUGUUCCGGACCCAAGGUGGCAGCUCUCGCUGCGGGGACACUGCUGCUCCUGACGGCCAUCGGGGCAGCAUCCUGGGCCAUUGUGACCUUUCUACUCAAGAGUGAUCAGGAGCCGCUGUAUCCGGUGCAGGUCAGCCCUGCCGACGCCCGGCUCAUGGUGUUCGACGACACGGAGGGCACGUGGCGGCUGCUGUGCUCCUCGCGCUCCAACGCCGGGGUGGCGGGCCUGGGCUGCGAGGACAUGGGCUUCCUCAGGGCCCUGGGCCACUCGGAGCUGGACGUGCGGACGGCGGGCGCCAACGGCACGUCGGGCUUCUUCUGCGUGGACGAGGGGAGGCUGCCGCUGGCCCGGAGGCUGCUCGAGGUCAUCUCCGUGUGUGACUGUCCCAGGGGCCGUUUCCUGGCUACCGUCUGCCAAG